CACCUCCUAACUCCUGCCUCAAACAGGUCUUCCCAGGAUGAGAGCUGCCCCCCAAGGCUGGGUGAGGGCUGCAAGGUUUCACCUCAGCAUCUUGCUUCUGCUUUUCCUCUGGCUCAACGGAACUGUGGUAGCUAAGGAGCUCAAGUUUGCGACCUUGGUGUUCAGACAUGGAGACCGAAGUCCCAUCCAGACCUUUCCAAACGACCCCAUUAAGGAAUCCUCGUGGCCGCAAGGAUUUGGCCAGCUCACGCAGGUGGGCAUGCAGCAACAAUAUGAACUUGGAGUGCAUCUGAGGAAAAGAUAUGGAGUUUUCUUGAAUGAGUCCUACAAACGUGAACAGGUUUAUGUCCGAAGCACAGAUGUCGACCGGACUUUGAUGAGUGUUAUGGCAAACCUUGCAGGCUUAUUUCCCCCCAAAGACAGCAGCAUCUGGAAUCCCCACCUACUCUGGCAGCCCAUCCCGGUGCACACAGUGCCACUUGCUGAAGAUCGGUUGUUAUACCUGCCUUUCAAGCACUGUCCUCGUUUUGAAGAACUUGAGAAAGAGACUCUGACCUCGAUGGAAUUCCAGGAGAGGCUAGUUCCUUAUAAGGAUUUUAUGGAAACCUUGCCCAAACUUUCAGGAUAUCAUGGCCAGGACCUUUUUGGAAUUUGGAGUAAAAUCUACGACCCUUUGUUUUGUGAGGGUGUUCACAAUUUUACUUUACCCUCCUGGGCCACCAAGGACGCCAUGAUUAAGUUGAAAGAAUUAUCAGAAUUGUCCCUCCUGUCCCUCUAUGGAGUUUACAAGCAGAAAGAGAAAUCUAGACUUCAAGGGGGCGUCCUGGUCAAGGAAAUCAUCAACCAAAUGAAGAGGGCCACUGAGCCAAUAAACCGCCGAAAACUUGUUAUCUAUUCUGCCCAUGACACUACUGUGAGUGGCCUGCAGAUGGCGCUAGAGGUUUACAACGGACUCAUCCCUCCCUAUGCUUCCUGCCACAUAAUGGAGUUGUAUCUUCACAAGGGGAGCUACUCAGUGGAGAUGUACUAUCUGAAUGAGACACGGCACGAGCCAUAUCCCCUCACACUGCCGGGCUGCACCCACAGCUGUCCUCUGACCAAGUUCGCUGAUCUUGUUGCCUCUGUGAUCCCACAAGACUGGUCCACAGAGUGUAUGCCCAGCAACAAGCACCAAGUUCUAAAGAUCAUCCUUGCCGUUGCCUUUGGCAUGGUGUCCGGUGUCCUCGUGCUGCUGCUAUUUACCUUCAUUCGCUGUGGGCCCUGCUAUCAGAGAGAAUCCUAUCAGAACAUUUGAACAGAUGGCUGAAUAAGGGCAGACAAGCCAGGCCGGCCUCCUGCAAUGCAGCGUCUCUCGGUGGUACAGCACUCAUAGGACAGGCUUUCCCCUGUGGGCAUCAUCCCACCCCUCCACCAACCUCUGCUCUUGAGUCUGGCUAAAGCAAGAUCUAUGUCACUGUGACCCAGGGACCGUGCUUGACUGACUGAUAGAUGAGCACCCAGGCAAUUUAGACAGGUCUUCUCGUCCUUGAACUUCUUGUAGCACAGGCUUCUCAUGCAGCUAGAAUGUAGCUCUUCUGCAAAGAGAGAGAUAAGAAGCUAAAUGCCAAUCAGCCUUCUGCCUGCAAAGAAGAAAAGAAGUUACAAGGUGUGACAAAGACAUAGAUUAAAGAAAACUGGAUAGUGGGGGAAACUAGACUAGAAGUAGUAUCAUGUAGAAUGAUUCCUAAGAAUUAACACCCAAUCAGAAGGCAUAAAUAAACCUCUUCUUUGGCUAUGAAGUAGGUUAAUACAAACACACAUUUUUCUGCAAAGAAAUUUCUACCCUGUGUUUGGUUGCUAGCUAGCAGUUUGUUGGAUAUAUGUCCAUAUACUAGCAAAUACACAUAUACUUAUCUCAUUUGAAAAAGACUUAGGAGGCGACAUUUAAUUUUCAGAAGGUGUAAUUAAUGUCAGGUGUUCUACUGCAUCUCAGACCUCUUUCCCCACAAUUACUUGAAUGGAGUGUAACUAGAAAAUCCAUAGAGCUUGGUUUUGUUUUUAUCCCCUCUAUUAGAGCUGGAUAUUUUUAUGGUUCUGA